AUGUCUUCUGAAAAACACCUGUUUGUCCUGAUUCAUGGGUUAUGGGGUAACUAUAAGCAUAUGGAGUCCAUGAGGGCAAUGCUUUCCACUACAUUAAAAAAGGACAAGGCCGAGGAUGAUAUGGUAUACUUUUUACCAAAGGAGAAUGCCAUGUUUAAGACAUUUGACGGUAUUGAAAUUAUUGGAUACAGGACAUUGAUUGAAGUUUGUGAGUUUAUCCGAGACUAUGAAGACGGGAAAAUUACAAAAAUCAGCGUAAUGGGGUAUUCGCAAGGAGGGUUAGUGGCCAGGUUCAUGAUUGGUAAGAUGUUAACUGAGUUCAAAGAACUCUUUGAGGAUAUUGAGCCCCAGUUGUUUAUUACUAUGGCAACACCCCAUUUGGGAGUUGAGUUUUACAAUCCCAUGGACAUUACAUAUAAAAGUGUGUUAUAUGCCACUCUGAGGGCGUUUGGGUCUACCAUAUUAGGUAAGAGUGGCAGGGAAUUGUUCAUUACAAAUUCCAGUAACGAUAUACUGGUUAAAUUGAGCCAAGACGAGUAUUUCGAAGCACUUUCACUAUUCAAAUGGAGAGUAGCCUUUGCGAAUGUUAAAAACGAUCGUACAGUAGCCUUCUAUACGGCGUUUAUCACGAAUUGUGAUCCGUUUAUUGAUUUUGAUAAUAAAUUGAAGUACACCUUCGAGGAAAAAAUACCGGGGUCGGAUUAUAGAGGAAUAUUACCCAAGAUUGUUGACCUAAAUGCCUUAAACGUUAAAAGUCAUGCACCCGUCAAACCAACUAACGUCUAUAAGAAGUGGGGCCGCACUAUUCUUUUGAUGUUAGUUGUUACAAUUUUCAUUUUCCCGACGGUUCUAAUCAUAAAUUGUUUAGGAACUGCUUAUAGUUACAUUGUUACUUGUAAGUACCGUAAAAUGCUCUCAAAUGGCGUACUUCACAACGAAGUUAGAGGAAGAUUAGGACUGACAGAACAACUGAAGGGAUAUGUUACAGAUGCCUAUGGUUCUAUUAUGAAUUCGACUUUAGACAUGGAUGCGGAUAAUGAGGCAAGUAAUGCCAGCCUUGUAAACGAAGAAGAACUACCCUGGAAAGAAUUCAUACAGAAAUACUCCACUAUAAAUGACGGUGUUUGGAAAUCCGGGUUCAAAAAAUUGCCUUUUGAUGAGAGCAGAAAUACUAUUUUAAGGAAUUUGAAUAGGUUACAAUGGAUUAGAGUCCCAAUAUACAUAAAAGCUGUAAAUGCACAUGGAGUUAUUGUGGCUCGUAGAGGUAUGGAUGAGGAUACGGCAGCUACUGGAAUCGCGUGUGUCGAGUUUACGGGACAGUUAUUAGCAUAUUUGAUGCAAAAUACCGAUUGA